CUGUCUACGAGCUGAAUCUCUCUCGCUUUACUAUUGCAGAAAGACGCCAUGGAAAACGAGGACAUCACUGUUCACGGACAAGCCACAACGGUGACAGCGGUCAGGAACGCGGCGUCCAAUCUCCGCGUCCAGCUCGAGCAACUUGCGGAUCACAUCAUGGGCAACCUCGGCUUUCCGCGAGCUCUGUUCAACGCCAUGCGGGAGGAUUACCUCGCACUCUUCCACGAGGUUUUAACGGAACGGCCGCACCCCAACAUCAAUCUUGACUACCGUCGGAGAAGGGCGCGGCGCGUCCACAACUUGUGCCUCCAGUUCCUGAAUCUCCGACGGGCGAUCAACGCCGCUGUCCAGAAUGGCCAACCUGUGGCUCAGGUGGACAGAGAGCACCUCGCAGAGCUCCGGGACAACAUCGCAUUCUACAGUGAAAACGUGCACCCAGAG